UACCAUCGAUAUCGCAGCCUCUUUACUGUAUUCCUCAGAAGAACGGAUGCGGUGAGGAUGGAACAAGACAGAGCAGCUCUGUAGUAGCCUUCUGUACAACAAUUCCAAUCCGGAUUUAGUGAAAUCCUGAACAGUCUCUACCAGAGCAUUGUUGUAAUCGGCUUCUAAACAGAGGGAACACCCCGACUUUCCAAUCAGGUUUCAGGUUUAUUCUUCACCUUGCUUAGAGAGGACAGGCACUCUGGACUGUACUCGGAGCUGAGAGAAGGCUGAGGAGUUUGGAGCUGCUCUGAGCUGAAAGCCUACAAAUGAAAUAUGCCAGCCUUGCUGUAGUAUUUUUCAUAUUCUUUGUUUUAUCUUCUACCUAUGUAUUACACAGCAGGACAUGGUGCAUAUGACGACUGUAUUUAUCCAGUAACCUAAUAGUUUCAGAGUCACUUUUCGAAUGCCAACUCAACAAUGAACACUAAUGCAGGGCCGUACCAGCACAGCGCCUACGGAGGCAGCCCGAGCGGCAACAGCGGGCGUGGCGCCGCGACCAUCCACUGUCUCCGUUGCCGGGAGGUCUGUAAGGGAGAGGUGGUGCGUGUGCAGAAUGUCCACUUCCACGUCAAGUGCUUCACCUGCCAAGUGUGUGGCUGUGACCUGGCCCGUUCAGGCUUUUUCCAGAAGGGAGGAGAGUACAUCUGUACAGAGGACUACCAGCGCCUCUAUGGCACCAAGUGUGACAGCUGUGGAGACUUCAUCACAGGGGAGGUGGUGUCUGCGCUGGGGCGUACCUACCACCCCAAGUGUUUCGUCUGCAGCAUGUGCAGAAAGCCUUUCCCUAUCGGAGACAGGGUUACCUUCUGUGGGAAGAAGUGUGUCUGUCAGCAGUGCUCCCAUUCACUAGUCAGCAACGCGCCGGUCAAGAUCCACGGACCCAGCCACUGUGCAGGCUGUAAGGAGGAGAUCAAACAUGGCCAGUCGCUCCUGGCCCUGGACAAGCAGUGGCAUGUCAGCUGCUUCAAGUGUCAGACCUGUGGCACUGUGCUGACAGGGGAGUACAUCAGCAAGGAUGGUAUUCCGUACUGUGAGACUGACUACCACACCCAGUUUGGCAUUCAGUGUGUGACCUGUAACAGAUACAUCAGUGGCAGAGUGCUGGAGGCAGGGGGAAAGCACUAUCACCCCACCUGUGCCCGUUGUGCCCGCUGUCUCAUGAUGUUUACAGAAGGAGAGGAGAUGUACCUGACAGGCUGCGAGGUGUGGCAUCCUGUGUGUAAACAAGCAGCGCGGCUGGAGAAGAAACUCAGAUUCAGACGUACCUCGGAGGCCUCCGUAUCUCCCCCUGGGUCCAGCAUCGGCUCCCCGAGCCGUGUCAUCUGUGCCAAAGUGGAAAACGAGGUCCAAAAUUACAAAGAUCUGGCCGCUCUGCCUAAGAUUAAAGCUAUUUAUGAUGUGCAACGGCCCGAUCUCAUUCCCUGUGAGUCUUAUCACAGAUACUCCUCUGAUGACAGACUAGAGCGCUACAGCGAUGGGGAGUCCCUGAGAACUCUCUCUCCAAACUCUCAGGACGUCUAUGACAGUGUGGAGCUGAGACAGAGGCGCUCCUCCAGCCCAGGCUUCAUAGACUCUCCCACCUACAGCCGGCAGGGCAUGUCUCCCACCUACAGCCGGCAGGGCAUGUCUCCCACCUACAGCCGGCAGGGCAUGUCUCCCACCUACAGCCGGCAGGGCAUGUCUCCCACCUACAGCCGGCAGGGCAUGUCUCCCACCUACAGCCGGCAGGGCAUGUCUCCCACCUACAGCCGGCAGGGCAUGUCUCCCACCUACAGCCGGCAGGGCAUGUCUCCCACCUACAGCCGGCAGGGCAUGUCUCCCAGCUACAGCCGGCAGGGCAUGUCUCCCACCUACAGCCGGCAGGGCAUGUCUCCCACCAUGUCCACCUCCCCACAGCACUGCUUCCGCCCCGGCACUGAGAGUGGCAGGAGCUCUCUCUCUUACAGUCAGCUUGACACCAGGUCCACCAGGCGCACCACCUACCAAGAGCCCAAGCAUUUCCAUGUGCCAGCCACAGGGGAACCCAACGUCUACAGGAAACCUCCCAUCUAUAAGAGACAUGAUGAUUCGAACUACUCAGCCACUAAGAGUAAAACCAGCGAGGACAUCCUCCAGACUUCCCAGUUACCCGACCCGUACUCUCCUGACCACUACCACCAGCAGUCUAACCACUAUCCCUACACUCCCUCUCCCAAAGCUCCUCGUGCCCGGAGGUUUUCGUCAGGUGGAGAGGGGGAUGGAUGGAAUCACAGUGUUAACAGACUCCAAGGUGGUAUAGGCCGUAUGAUUCUGAAGGAGGAGAUGAAAGCCAGGUCUGGUUCCUAUGACAAUGACCCGUGGGGCAGCGCACGGAACUCCCGCACCAACUCCUGUAGUGGCAGCAAAGAGGCCCUGCACAAUGUGGGCUACGGCAACACUGUCAACGGAUCUCCCACCAGAUCCCACGACAGUGCAGACAGUGACUCCUUCAUCUCCAAGUCAGCCUCGUUGCCAGGGUAUGGCAGGAACGGACUGCACAGGCCCCAGGGUGCAGAUUAUUUCCAGUACGACAGCAGCAGUGCAGUUAACUGGGGAAUCAGAGAAUACAAGGUCUACCCAUAUGACGUAUUGGUAGUCACCGUAAGGGGGCGCCACCAGCUUCCCAAUGACGUGGACAGAGCCAGACUAGAGUGCCACUUGUCUCCUGAGGAGUUCUACCGGGUGUUUAGGAUGACUAUGGCAGAUUUUGACCGGCUGGCGCUGUGGAAGAGAAAUGAGCUGAAGAAACAUGUCCGGCUGUUCUGAAAGGACCGGACUGUAGAAGCUCAGUGUAGCAGCCUGCUGGGCUUAACGUUAGAGGCCUGAGUCCUCACUGAGAGCCGUAAUAACCAGUCUGGGUAGUUCUCGAUCCAUCAGGUCAGAGCCACAGCAGAACCAGAACUAAAACCAGCCUGGUUCUAGCCAUGGAAAUAUAAUGAAUUCUAAUGAUAUAGUUAUACUGUUCCAGCACAUUCUCUGGGCCAGAGAAACCCAGCCAGCCUGAGUCUAUACAUCAAUAAUAUAUCUCUGGAGAAAGAGGACUAACGUGCUCCGUCCACAUCCUGAGCCGUGUUUGUGGGACCUGAAGCUGCAGAGAGGACUAGACCAGGCUAGUUCUGCCUAUGCUUUCAGUAUUAUGUGUUUGCUUUAUUAUAAUGAGUUUAACUAUAGUUUAUGCUGUCAUGUCAUGAGGUUAUAGCAGCUUUUAACCCUUUUCUAGUUUGCAUGUUUGGAGAGCUCUGAGACAUUGCCUUAUGAUCAAGCAGGAAGAAGAACACCAGCAAACUGUCCAAACAGAAUGUGCUACCAGAUAAACCCUGUCUUUGACCUCUUUACUCUAAAUGUAUUGUUUCAUUCACUGCCUUUUUUUUUUUUUUUUACAGUGAGACUAAAACGUUGUAUUGCUUUAUAGAGCAAGGGUUCACCUCAGAGUGAAAGGCUAGAUUGAUAUAGCCUUGACCUGAUUCUAACUCAACACAUGGAGACAGAGAUAAUGAAUAGAGAUAUACAUUAAUUAGAUGGAAUCUGAACUGCUUCUGAAUAAAAAAAAGGGAUGAAUCUGCCUGUGGAGGAAAGUGGAUUGAAUGGAUUGGUGACCAGAAGUCUGGAUUAGAGAUUAAUUACU